AUGGGUUCUUCUACUCAGAAGUGGUUUGUAGGGCUACUUCUUGUCUUGAGCAUUUUCUUGGGAUUGAGUGUCAUCACUUUUGCUGAUGACAAGCUUGAAGAGUCGAGGUGGGGUAAUGAUAAUGGUUGCAGAUUUGGUAGGAGAGGUUGUGGUGGACGUGGUGGAUGGGGAGGACGCGGUGGACGUGGUCCAGGUUUUGGUAGAGGUACCCGAGGGGGCUUUGGAAGUGGAGCUGGCGGCGGCGGAGGUUUUGGCAGUGGAGCAGGAGGUGGAGGAGGCCUCGGGGGAGGAGCAGGUGGUGGAGGUGGUCUCGGGGGAGGAGCAGGUGGUGGAGGAGGUCUCGGGGGAGGAAUGGGAGGUGGAGGAGGACUAGGUGGUGGAGCAGGUGGCGGCAUUGGUGGUGGUGUAGGAACUGGAGGAGGUGUUGGUGGAGGUGGUGGCGUUGGUGGUGGUGGUGGAGGAGGUCUAGGAGGAGGUUCAGCCGGAGGUGGAGUAGCUGGUGGCAUUGGAGGAGGUGCUGCAGGAGGUGGUGGAGGAGGAGGAGGAGGUGGUGGUGGAGGAGGUGGUCUUGGAGGAGGGUCAGGCCAUGGUGGUGGAUUUGGUGCAGGUGGUGGAGUUGGAGGCGGAGCUGCUGGAGGGGUAGGUGGAGGAGGCGGAUUCGGAGGCGGUGGUGGGGGUGGAAUAGGAGGAGGAUCAGGUCAUGGUGGUGGUUUUGGUGCAGGUGGAGGCAUAGGUGGUGGGGUAGGGGGAGGAUUAGGAGGAGGAAAAGGAGUAGGAGGUGGACAUGGCGGAAUUGGAGUUGGAAUUGGAAUUGGUAUAGGAGUUGGUGUUGGUGCUGGAGCUGGUCAGGUCGUUGGAGUAGGGAGUGGGUCCGGUAGCGGUGGUGGUGGUAAUGGCCGAUGA